UAAAAUGUAUCAAUCUUUUUUGGGACAAAGGGAGUACUAAACUAAUGACACGACAAGACUCACACCAUAUGGAAAAUCUAUUUGACCGACUUCGUGCAAGCAGAUGAACCUGGACAUUAGAUGAACCGUCAGGUAGCGAGGAUGUUUUUACUUGGACUGUAAUUCGUCCCAGACCAGACCAGACCAGAUCAGAUCAGUUCAGACCAAACCAGACCAGACUUGGAUAGUUAUAAAAAUACAAAGAAACCAGACCAGAUCAGACCAGACCAGACCAAUUCAGACCAGACCAGAUCAGACCAGAUCAGACCAGACCAGCAAAUUACAGUCCAAGUAAAAACAUCCCGAAUGAUUAACUCAGGACAGGGGAGAGCUCAGAGAUAAUAAUUAUUUACGAGCAAAGUGUCCAUUAAGUACAUCAAUUCCUUGGGUCAAUUACUAAAAAGCAAACAGAAUUGGGUCAAUUCUAAACAGAAUUGGGUCAAUUCUGGUCAAUACCUCAAUUAUUUACUCUUCCCUUGGAAUUGUUGUUUAAAGUUAUGGGCUUCGGCUGAUAAGUAUUGACCCAAUUUUGUUUGCUUUUCGGCCCAACUAAUUUUCCAGUGCAUAUUCAAAUGUGCAGAGAAUGAAUGAUGAAUAGCUGCCGAAGCUUUGUCUUUUGGAGCAAUAAAAUGAUUUGCGCCAGAGCUAUUGUAGCCGGCCCAUAUUACUUAUCUCAGCGAUCACACUCUCCUACUGCCGCCGCCGCCUUACGCCGCCGCUUCUCUGCCGCAACCAUCAGAAUGUCUUCGGGACCGAUCGUUGAGCACGUGGUGCUCUUCAAGGUUAAGCCGGACGUGGAGCCUUCCAGGGUCAACGAGAUGGUAGUCAACCUUAAAGGCCUUACAUCUCUGCCGCAGGUGCUCCACCUCACCGCCGGUCCUGUGCUCCGCAACCGAUCCGCCUCCUUCGCCUUCACACACAUGCUCCAUUCUCGGUACGCCUCCAAGUCCGACCUCGCCGACUACUCCGCCCACCCCGAUCACUUGGCCGUCGUCAAGGUGAAUGUGCUUCCUGUCUGCGAUGACAUCAUGGCCGUCGACUGGAUCUGCGAUGACCUCGCCGGCCCGGUCAAGGUACCUCCCGGUUCAGCCCAGAGAGUCACAUUUUUGAAAUUGAAGGAGAAUUUGGGGGAAAAUGAGAAAAGCGAAAUACUGUCUGUGACAAAAGGAAUUAAGGAGAAAAUUUCGUCGAUUGAUCAGAUGAGCGUUGGGGAAAAUUUCUCUCCGGCGAGGGCGAAGGGAUUCUCGAUUGCUUCAGUUGCUGUGUUUGGUGGGGUGAGAGAAUUGGAGGCGUUGGAGUCGCAAUCGGCGGCGGAAAAUGAGGAGAAGGAUAAGGUUAGGGGGUUUCUGGACGGCGUACUAGUGGUGGAUUAUGCCGUCCCGGGUUUGCGGUAGGUGCCUAGGUGACUGGUCUCUAUGGGCAGAACCGUCAUUUCUUGUAUCCCGUCUUCUUCUCAUUACCGAUUGUUUGUGAUGUUAUGAGUUUCUCCAAUGAAGAAUAAAGUUUAAGGUGUUUGCUCGUUUCAAGAAUGAAAUAUGUUGACACAUACUCCCUCCGUCUCAAUUUGUUUUGCAAAAUUUCCAAUUUUGGUUGUCCCAAAAUGAUUUUCCACUUUCUAUUUUAGGUAUGUAAAUAAAAAUAAAGUGACAAAUUUACCUUUACUUUUACUUUUUUCUCAUUAACUUAAAGACAUCUACUUUUAGGAAGAUUGACAAAAGUGUAAAAAGAAAGCAUCAUUUAUUGCAAUUCCUUAA